AGACGGCGGCUGUCGCAGAAUGAGUCGCCAGGCGCCCGCCAGUGGCUCGAGCACGAGCGCCCCCAGCCGAGUGGUGCCGGCACCGCACUACGCCCGCCUGCAGCACGCUAGUGGACACGUCCGCCCCAGUGUGGGAUACUGUGUAGCAGGGCCACAGUGGCAGUAUGUCGCUAAUCACCCAGUCUACCCCAGCGUCCAGCCCUACGCACCGCCAUACGUGGUGCAGCACCCCCUCGCCCACCCCCACCACCAUGCUCACUCUAACCCCCAUGCAGAGCCUUAUGUAGUACGUCAGCCGAUAUUCCAGCCUCACUACCACCCCUCAGUGGUGCCUCAGGGAUGUGUCAUCGCACCUACGUACGUCAAACCGACAACAGCAGUCCACCGCCCCAGCCAACAGGCCGCCCUUGCAGCAGCGCCCCCUGCGGCAGAAGCAGACAAUGCAGGUAAACAGAAGAUCACGGCGGCGUCUCCAAAAGUCGACGACGACCCCGCAGUUAUCAAGAUCCUGCGGCGGGAGGAGACGAAACCACAGCCGGAGGCGAAGGCUGCCGAUACCGUUCUGCCACCACAGAUAAUCGUAACUGAUAAAGAACCAUCAGGAAUGGACGAUGCGGCCAAGCGCACAUCCACCCCGUCCAUCAUAUCAGACGACACGGGGUUCGACUCGGCCAGUCAGAAGACGUCCGAAAGCGGGGAGGACAGAAACGGAGACUACCUGGACAUCGUGCACAACCUCAUAGAGAAGAUAGAACUAGACCAGGGAGCACGGAAGGCUCAGGACAACACCGAAGGCGGCGUGCCCAUCUCCAUCGACAACUCUUACUCCAACAUACAGUUCUCCCCCAACAAGGCCCCGAGUCUGUUCGGACGAGCAUUCCGGCUGUCAGGUCGCUGCAAGCCUAAAAAGAAGUCCCCCGUCAAAAGGACGAAGGGGUUCGGCGCUCCUCCGAAAACGACGGACGCCUCGGCGAAGAAUCCCGACAGCGACGCGAAGCCGUCUGAGGACGACAGUUGGAUUGAGGGCGAUGGAAACCCCGUCUUGGCCUAUCAGAUUACGGAACCGACGUUUGACUUCGACAGGGCAAGGCAGGAAGCGGAGAGGAGGGCGGCAGAACGUGAGAUCAUGGAAAACGAUGACGCGGCACCUUACCAUGGGAAGCGAUGGAGGCGAAAGUCAAGGCAGCCAAACAAACAGCCACCUAUGUACAAGGCCUGGCAAGCUUUCAAGAAACCUUUCAAGAACAGGAACCAGAGCCAGCGAGGCGACGGCGAUGGUUACUAUGGCAACCCAAACGGCAACAAAAACUUCAACGCUUUCUGGCAGCGCGGCCGCACCAGACGGCGACACAACACCUUUGGAUCACAGAGACACCUGGCGGACCAACUCAAACUGCACCAAGACGGGCAUGUCCGAGGGACCUAUUCAGUCGACCCUAGCGGCGCAUGCGUCAACUUGAACUUAAACAUCACUAUCCCAAACAAGAAAGAACUUGUAUCGGCUGAGGCUGACCUUGACGACUCCAGAGUCACCAUAUUUGACGACGACGACGAAGCCGAGCCCGAGGCGCCGCCGAUGAUGACCGAAAACAUCCCGAGCUCGAAACGACGCUCCCGACGAACAACCUCCGAGCCGAGACGACGCAAAAACUCGUAUCUCCGACAGAACGGCUGCGAAGGUGCCAGGCAGCCAGGACACGAUGACUGGGACGAGUGGGUCCAUGCAGGAGGAAUGGUGUCAGGAAAGUGGGGAGUCGUGCCAAGGAGAGAACGCCUGCGCAGGACUAGCAGCCGCAAUGAACUGUGGGUAGAUGACAACCCCUCAGUGUAUGAAGGUGCCUGCAUGGGCGUACGGCAGGACGCACUGCGCAAGCGCCAGGCUACUGGUACAUUGCCACGUCAGCGCCUAGGCUCCAAUCAUGCAUAAAUUAUCAUAAAUAGGCGACAUGGAUGAACUAUGACCCAAGCACGAGCAAUGGUGAACAGAUUUGUAUCCCAAAGGCUAAAGCGAGAUUGAAUGUAUCUUAUAUUGAUAACGCAUGUAUGUGUAAAAUGAUUAUUGAAUAAGUAUUUUUCUAAAUUUUUCUCUUAGUAUUGCAUGGACUAUUUAUUAUCAAAUCUAUAUCUGUAUGUAAUUGUUAUCAAUCUAUGUAAAGAAAAUGAGUAAUGUAGUAUGUUAAGAGAAUUAUCACAAAUGCUUUAGUGGUUUUGCACAUUGCUAUUGUUUAAUAUGGAUAAAACUUUAUAAGACAUUACAGUAUAUACAUGAUGAUGAUAUAUAUGUAAUGUCUAAAGCUACACAUUUAGUUAUCUAUACAAGCGUAUCUUUUCUUAUAUCAUUGCACUUUUGAAAUGCACAAAAAUAGUUCUGGUUGAUAUUUAUGUUUAUGAAAUAAAGAUGUUUACCUUCA